AUGAAGGGUGCGCCUAAGCUACGGGCACUCUCUACCAUCAUUGCCGAUGUGAUUGUACAAUAUGAACUCAAACUACUGAUUUUCACCACUAUUCCUGGGCAGCUGGUCCUGAUCAUCGCUAUUCUCCGCGCACUGAAGGUUAAAGCUACACCUUGGGUUGCGGGAAUGAGCCACGACGCCCGACUUAAGGUCCGGGUGGACUUCAAUGGCAUUACUGAGCCUGAGGGUCUGAUUGGUAGCUUUGCUACCAUGGCUUGUGGCCUUAACCUCCAAAAGAGGUGUCACUGGGUGGUUUUCCUAGACCCGCCCCCGUCUGAAAAGGCGGGAAACCAGGCAGGCUCUCUGAGGAAACCCUGUCUCCUCGCAGGCGGCACGCAUAGAAAUAGCAGUGCCCCAGCUAGUCUUGGCUCGGGUCAGGUCGGGCGGGGUCGUCUGGCCUCGGGCCACCCCGUGACAGUUCCUUAA